GAGAAAUUUAUAUUUGUUACAUUAAACAAACAAACAAACACAUCAACUUUCUCCAAGCACUUACUUAUAUUCUAGUUUCAAAAUUAGCUACUACGAUUUAUCACAAUACUUCUAUAUCGGAAUUUUCUAAAAACACGACAGAAAGGAUACAAUCUCGAAUUGGUGCUUAUACAAAUUUCAAACAAUUCUCAAGCUCCCUCACAUCGAAUACCUCGAAACCACAAUCCAUCACCCCCAAUUCUCAAACUCCAAACUCCAACCUCCACUCCAAAAUGCCUCUCAUAAACGAAAUCCACGAAUCCCUCCCAUACAUCGACGUUGAGCCUACCCCCUCCGAACGCGCAGCCGCCGAAUCCCUCAUAGCCAGCUCGCUCGAGCCCAGCUCCCCAUCCACACCACACCCCUCUCUCCCGGCUCUCCUCCCCUCCAAUCUCUCCCCCGCCCUUACCGCAGAACACGCUCGCAUAUCCUCUUCAUCGCCUCCACCCCCUCUAAAAGCCAUCGACCUAACCCGCUACGAAACGCUCUCCCCCGCAGACUCGACGCUGCCAGCUCAGACUCUCCUCUCCCAAGCCUACACCUCUCAAACGUACCUAAACACGCGACUUACCAAUCUCUCUCUCCUCGAUCAGUUUGGUAAAAAUGCCUGGUUGAUUGGAAACGCGCAGUUGGAGGAUAUAUUAAAGGGGUUGGAGAGGGAGGUCGCCGCAAAGAAAGAUGAGAUCGAUGUUGUGGUAAUUGGGAGGAAGAAUGCACAGGAGGCGGCAGAGGCGGAGAUUAAGGGUCUAGAGGAAGGGUGGAAGAAGGGCAUUGGAAGAGUGUUGGAGACGGAGGUGGCAGCUGAAGGUAUCAGGAGGGAGAUUUUGGACAGGAGAAGGGCGGGUGCUAGCUAAUUCUGAGUUGGGGGCAUGUAAGAUAUGGAAUAGAAGGAAGGUAAAUGGAAUGAAAAUACCAGCCGGGCUCUGGUUGAGACUACACGAUAUAUGAACAGCGAAGGGUCAAAUGUGGACAAAAUUUAGUACCACUGCUGCGAUGUUUCUAUCUACGGUUUUGGUAUCCUUGAGGUUGCAUCACAAAGUUACAAUUUGAGGCGUCAGGAUAAAACA